UUAAUUUGAGGUUAAAAAUAUUUAAUUCCAAUUUUGUUCGAAAAUUUCGACAAAAUGCUUGCACGUAAUCCUGGUAGUGUAAAAGUAACCUCUGAAACUAAAACAACAUCAAAAACUAGUUCCUUAAAAGCGCUGUUGUUAAAAGCUUGGCGAGAACGUUGGUCCGAUUUACAAUGGGGUAUUAAUAUCAAAACAGUCUUACCGCGAGGUGUAUCUGGAGAUGUUUAUGAUUUAGCUGAUUGUAUCCUUCAACAAGCGGUUAUCGGGAGUGGUGCAAAUCAAUUGGUUUUGAGUUAUUUGCGACAUAGUUUAAGUGCUCAAUUGGUUAGUUAUUCGGCAGUUUUACAGCAGAUUAGUAAAUGUGGAUCAAAGCAGUAUAGUAAACCGCAUUGUAUUUGUAGUUUACUAGAAUUUUUGGAAGCAAUUCAGCCUGGAAUUACUUGUAGAGCGAAACCAGAGGAAAGCUCUUUGGCAACAGCUUUACUAAACGUAUGCUUAUGGCUAUUAAAUGUCUUACAUUAUAAUUUGACGAAUUUUCAAAAUAAUACAAAUAUUAUAAACCAAACGGACAUAAUUGAAAAACCAUGUGUUUUACUAAAUACUUUCGUCCAGGGUGAAUUUUUUAUAUCAAUGCUCUAUUUGGCAAAAUUUGAUAAUCCAGAAACUUAUGCCGAAAUUCAAUCAAAAAGUCAAGAAAUCGAAGCAUUAUUAAACAUAAAUAUAGCUUUAAAACCGUCAACACCAAUUGAAAAUACGUUAAAAAUAUUUUCAAAUUUCAAUAUUGAUGUUGUAUUUCCCGAUAAAAAUAAACCAGAACCCAUAACGCAUUGUAUUCAAAGUUUAUUAGCUGUGGAAGUGUAUUAUAAUCCUUGUAGCGAUACUAAGAACAUUGUCUCGCAAUUAUUAAUGUUGAAACGUAUUAAAGGAUAUUCAACAGCCCGACUAUAUUGUGAAUUGAUUCGAGCUUGUUUAAUGUCGUUGAAUAAUGCCAGUGGUACGUCGCGGGAAAGUCAAUGGGGAGCGUAUACAUUUUUGAAAGUACCGCAUAUUUUACAGCAAUUGAAUAAUUUAAAUAAAAGUGUUGAUUCCGACGAGGAUUAUUCACAAGAUAUAAUCGAUGCAUUUGAAAUGCUUCUACAAUAUAUUCCAUUAUUGGAUACAACAGAUAUUAAAUGUUCCUGUAACUGCCUGGAAUGUUUAAUUAAUGAACUAGCUAAAUUAAAUUUAGUUAGUGAGAAACAUUUAAAGUAUUUUUCUGGAAAACGGGAAGGAAUUUUAAACAAUCUUCAAAAAUUAGAUCCAAAUAGUACUUCACGAGCCGCCAGUAUUCCCAAAGUAAUUGUUCGAGCUGAACCAACAUUAGCAGGAAUUUUGAAAACUUUAAAUGCUGAACCUGCAAAAAUUCAGGAAGCGCUUAUGAGUAUGUUACAUCAAGUUCUUACCGGUAAAAGUUUUGAGCUAAUAUUGGCAGUGGCAACAGUUGAAGGCAAAUUAAAAACAUUUGUUAGUAAACUAAUCAAAUUUAAUGAAUACUCAAAACAGCCAAUGAGUAUACCAGAAUCACCAAAAACGGCACAAUCACGAGCUAUGCUUUUUGAUAUUUCUUUUUUAAUGCUAUGCUCGAUAGUACAAACUUACGGGUCAAAGGUCGUAUUAGAGGAAAAUGGCGAUUCAUUCUUCGAACAAUGGGUUCGUUCAAGUAUGGUUGAACCCAAUUUACCAAAAUCACCCGAUCAUAUCCUAAAAUUAUGUGAUCCUUCCAAAGUGGACGCACUAAUUAAACAAUUUAAUUCAGCCGACGCCGUUGCCGAAUUUAAAAAUGGUCAAACUAAAUGGCACGAAGUAUGUUUAAACGUGAGUGGUGUUGUUAAAGAAAUAUUAUAUGCAUGGGAACGUGGAUCAAUUAGUGCCACGGAUGUGAAACGUGUCUUGGAUAUACUUAAAGGUGGGAAAUCUUCAAGCUGGCCUGGCGGUGGAUGUUGUUCUUUGGCUGUAUGUGCAUCUUCAUGGUUAUGUGCGCAUGUACGCCUUGUACAUCAUGAUGCGCUCUUGAAACCCAUGAAUAUGGUUCAACAACUUGGAAGUUGUAAUGCAUCAUCAUUUCAAGCAAAUAGUGGGGGAAAUACUCCAAAUUCAGCGUUAUCAAAUAGUGGAGGUAACGAUGAUUUAAAUCAGCACCAAGAUAGUUUUAAAGAACGAUCGUCAUUAAUGUCACAAAUAAUACGAAAAUUCCAAUGUUAUGAUAUUUAUCCACCUGGUGGAAGUACUAAAAUUAAACCAGCGACAUCUUUAAACCCGACCAUAAUGCAGCUACGACAAAUGUUUUUAGAUAUGUGUGCAAAAGGUUCAAUUACAAAUAUUGAUGCUACAAGUAAUUUAGAGAAUUUAUUAAAUAUGGCCGGUGCUAAAUGGUUUGUUACUUCGAUUUUACAGGAAAUGUUGAAGUUAAAAUACUUAGAAAGUUUAAAUAAAGCUGUCGAUUUAGCUUUCUCAAUAUUUCAUUUAGACAUUGAAAAAUGUACAAUCUCAUUGUUAACCGAAGUAUUGCCCGUGUAUUUAUUAAACGCAUCUCAAUCGGAAAUAUUAAUCGAACCACAAAGUUCCACAUUAGCCAAAUUAUGUGUAUAUUGUAUUGUCUCAACAAUCGAAUAUUUAAAUUGCAACAGUACGAGUACCCUCAAUUCAAAGAAGCGCGGUCGACAAGAUAUCGAUUCCGAAGAUGAUUCUUCAUCACCUGCAAGUAAAUUAUUACGUUUAAAUGAUUCUUCAUCAACAGAUGCAAAUUUAUCAUUAGCCGGUGCAAUUAAUUCAUCAAAUUCGGCAUCAGGUGGUAACGGAAACGGAAAAGGUAACAGUGGUUCCUCGGACAAUGGAGCAAACGGAAAUAGUACAAAUAAUUUUGGAAACGGUUCAAGUAUAAAUAAUAUUGUAUCGUCGGCAAUUUUAAGUAAUAAUGGUACGGGUAAAUAUGGAUUUCCAUCCACAAAAUCAACGAAUUCCAGGAAUGAUAUUUUAAAAGAACCGUUACAAUCAGCGUUAACGAAUUUGUAUCGGGAUUUUUUGAAUAUUUUAACACGCGAUUCGCAUAUCAGUUACGAAACUUAUUUUAUAUUUCAAUUUGUAAAAGCAUGCGUACUGUAUGGUAAAGAUUUGGCAAGUAUUAUUUUACAAAAUAUGCCAUCAAAUUUAAUACCGAAUUUACUAAAAUGUUUACCCGAAUUAUUCUCGUAUGAUUUGUUGCUGCGUAUUUAUGAUUUAUCAACGUCCAAGGGUACAUUUAUGUGUAAUUCGAAUCGUGAUUUAGUUGCUCGUGAUUUAUGUAUGUUACGUAAUAUUGAAUUAAGAAAACAAAAUCUAGUGAAUAAUAAAUUAGCUCGAAAGAGUUGA